AUGAAUCAAAAGCUUAGAACAGAGCACAACAUACUGGUACUGCACCAUCUUAUUCACAACAUGAUGGCUGAAUUGGAUCCCGAAGGACUGAAAGCAAGAAACCUUCAAAGAAAAGGGAAGAAAGCAAAGGGUCACUUUUCAUCUGAGGGCGUGAUAUGGAGAGUCUCCUUGGAUGGCCAUGACCCAUUGUGUGGGUAUCGGAACUCAAGAUUCCCCCUGGGAGUUUAUGGCUGUAUUGACACAUUCUCUCACAAGGUCUUGGCCAUGACCCAUUGUGUGGGUAUCGGAACUCAAGAUUCCCCCUGGGAGUUUAUGGCUGUAUUGACACAUUCUCUCACAAGGUCUUGUUCUUGUUUCUAUGUUAUUCCAACUCGAACCCUAUAAUCGUUGGCAGGAUGUAUCCUCAGUACUUGCUUGAGACAGAGGUAACUGAGACGGAAAAUGGCCACAAUACAUGCAUACCUUUUGAACCAGCCUAA